AUGUCUGCAGCAGCAGCAGCAACGCCUGCUGCUGCUGCUGCAGCAACAGCAGCAGCAGCAGCAGAACAAGAAGAUGAUGAUACAGCAGGAAGCCCUGCAUGCAUUCGAUUAGUUAGUGGGGCCUCCCUCUCUGCUAUUAAGGAGUAUGCAGCAGAGGCCCUUAAGAGACCUUAUCUGCAGCGUACAGCAGCAGCAGGGGCCCUGCUGCAGUUCUGUGGGGCCCCCCUGCUGCAGCUGCUUGCUGUUGAUUCUGUUGCUGGCAGGAUAUUCUUCUUACAACGAAACAUAACACCACAGCAGCAAAGGCGCACCCGCCGCCUAUCUCAAGACUUAGGGGGGCCCCCAAGGGGGGCCCCCCUAUCUCCUGAUGAAUCUGAGGGGGUUCCUAUGUCUCCUGAUGUUUCUGAGGGGGUUCCCCUGUCUCGUAGUAAUGCUUGGGGGCCCCCCGUGUCUUCUGAUGACUCAGAGGGGCCCUCUGCUUCUCCUGAUAUCUCUACUGGCUACCCCUCGUCUCCUACUAGUCCCUGGGGGGGCCCCCUGUCUCCUACUAGUCCUUGGGGGGGUACCCUACCUCCUAAUGUUCGCUGGGGCCCCCCACUGUCUCCUCAUAGGCCCUGGACCCCCCCUAUGUCUCCUGAUGAUAUAGAGGGGGCCCCCCUCUCUCCUGAUAGCUAUGGGGGCCCCCCCUUAUUUCCUAAUGCUACGGAGGUGGUCUCCCUGUCUCCUAAUGCAAUAGAGGGGCCCUACCUGUCUCCUAAUCGCUAUAAGGGCCCCCCUUCACCCCCUUCAGGGCCCCUUAACCACCCCGCUGCAGGCGCGAAGGGGGGGGCCCCCUCCACUGUGGGGCCCCAAGGGGCCCCUCUUCAAGACCACCCUUCACAAUUGGGCGUUCUGCUGCAGCAGCAAGCAGCAGCAGCAGCAGCAGCAGCAGCAGCAGAGCAUGCUGCGUCGGAUGGGGUGCAGGGGGUGAGAGGAAAAGCUGCAAAGAUGGAGACAGAUAAAGAAGAGACAGAGACGGAGAUUAAAAGAGAGACAGAUAGAGAGACAGAUAGAGAGACAGAUAAAGAGACAGAGACGAGGAGGAAGAUAAGAAUACAGAAUGAGACAGAGACAGAGACAAGAGAGUUUAAGGAGGGGCCCUUAGUGCGCGACAGCAUAGGGGCCCCCUCUUCAAGGAUGAGGGGCCCCCAGGGGGCCCCCCCACCAGAGGGGCCCCCAGGGGGCCCCUCUGAGGAGACACCUCGUAGGCGUUUGAAUAGAAGAGAAGAAGAGGAGACAGAGGGGGGUCUUGGGUCUUUAUGUGUUGCAUGCAUAUACGUCGAUGGGUUUUAUAAUGAUGUAUCGCGCUGUAUACCUGUCUCCACGGAGACAGAAGGAGAGACAGCAUUAGCAGACCCAGUGUACAUGCAGGUAGACCCCCUUACUGAUACUCUGCUGUUUGCUGCAUUUGAUAGACAGGGACAGCUCGUGCUGUCUGUACACCACGCCCUCUCCUUGCAGCGCAGAUUCGCUGUCAAGCUUGAAGCCUUUCAUUCAGGUCUAUCCUAUAUAUAA